ACCUCAGCGACAAUAACAUGAUGUGUGGAUGUCACCUGCCAGCCGUUGUCAAUUUUAUGAAGAAAACGUACAACAGAAGUGUGAAUGUCUUGGGCAAGUGUCAUAAAGAUCUGGGCAAUAACCAAGGCAGAAAAAUAAGUAUACUGGAUUAUUCACAAUGUGAAAGCCGGACUAAUUCCUUUGUAUUCUAUCUGAUUUACACUAAGAACCCACACACUCAUAGAUCAAACGGGAAGUUCAAUGGAUAUAAAAUCUCUGCUGAGAACAUAUCUAGAGCUGUGGAGCGUGAACUCUCAACCAUGAUAGAAAAAUUCAGAGUUAAAUAUUGUGGGUAAGCAAAAAA